AAUAACAUAAAAAUCCUUUGUGUCAAACGGAAAACGGUUUCAAAGUCCUUCUUCGCAAGUGUACUCGAAAGUGUCAUAAAGUAUGCGAUUAUCCUGUAAACAAAGUGUAAAACGCGCAACCGAAAAAAGCAGCUAAAGUCUGUGUGAGUGAAAGCCAAAAAGCAAACAACAAAAUAACUCACGGAUUUAACGACUCUAAAAAGAGCCAUCAUCGUCAUCAAAAGAAGGAGUAGGACCUCCUAGGCCUCCUGGCCACGGCUCACAACUAUAGCACCCGGAUCUGAGCACGUCGUAUAAUGAUUGCGCAAGUGAGAUGACGCCACUGCAAGUGAGAAGGAUACGUUAGGAGCGCGGCGGCGUUGACUAUGGGAACAGAGGCAUGGGCGUGUGCGCGGACCUUGGGUCUCAUCGAUGGUGUCGGGCACUGAGCCAGAGCCAGAGCCAGAGCCGGCACACCCAACAGCAGCAACCGGAGAAGCUCCAGUCACAGUCACAGUCCUCCCAAGAGCAGCAGCAGUCCCAGUUCAGAAAAGUAGCAAGAUCAGCGAUUGACACAACAACAACAACAACGAUUCCAGCUACCGAAACGCUGACGGCAUCGCCAGCGAAAACGGCAGCUUUCACAGUGAAAACAACGAGGAGAAGACGCCGACGAAGGGACCUGUCCAGCUCCAGUCACAGGUUCACCUGCUCCACCGCCCAGGUGCUCCAGUUUGUGCUGGUCUCGUUGCUGGCCCUUCUGGCGGAAGAUGCACAGGCGCACAACAUUCCAGAAGAUGCCGUUCACAUCACGGCCAUACUUGGCGAGGGUGUCAUCUUCAACUGCCAUGUGGAGUUCCCCAACGACCAUCCCGUGCCAUAUGUCCUGCAGUGGGACAAGAAGGUGAGCGAAACGGGCUCCGAUCUGCCUAUUUACAUCUGGUAUGAGAGCUAUCCGGAGCAUAUCGAGGAGGGUUACAAGGGACGCGUGUCCCGCGUCUCGCAGGAUUCGCCCUUUGGCUCUGCCUCGCUCAACCUGACCAACAUCCGGGAAUCGGACCAGGGCUGGUACGAGUGCAAGGUCGUCUUCCUUAACCGGGACCCCAAGCAGCACAAGAACGGUACAUGGUUCCACUUAGACGUACAUGCACCGCCGCGCUUUAGUGUUACGCCAGAGGAUAUUAUAUACGUUAAUUUAGGUGAUUCAAUUAUACUCAAUUGCCAGGCCGACGGCACUCCAACGCCGGAAAUACUCUGGUACAAGGAUGCCAAUCCCGUUGAUCCUUCGCCCACGGUGGGCAUCUUUAACGAUGGCACCGAGCUGCGGAUCUCCACCAUUCGCCACGAGGACAUCGGAGAGUACACUUGCAUUGCACGCAAUGGUGAGGGACAAGUCUCCCAUACGGCCCGUGUUAUAAUCGCGGGCGGCGCUGUAAUCAUGGAUAAGGCGACGCCCGAUAAACACACUCGCACCAAGUCCAAAUCGAAUGCCGUCAAUGAGAGGCUGACCAUCCGAGUGCCACCGACCAACCAAACCAAAAUCGAGGGCGACAAAGUGAUAUUCUCCUGCGAGGCUAAGGCGAUGCCCGGCAAUGUCACGGUGCGCUGGUACCGGGAGGGCUCCCUUGUCCGGGAGGUUGCCGCCCUGGAGACGCGCGUCACCAUACGCAAGGACGGUUCGCUCAUCAUCAAUCCCAUCAAGCCGGACGAUUCGGGCCAGUAUCUGUGCGAGGUGACCAACGGCAUUGGGGAUCCGCAGAGCGCCUCUGCCUAUCUCAGCGUUGAAUACCCCGCCAAGGUCACAUUCACGCCCACGGUGCAGUAUCUGCCCUUCAAGCUGGCCGGCGUGGUCCAGUGCUACAUCAAGUCCAGUCCUCAGCUGCAGUACGUCACCUGGACAAAGGACAAGCGCCUCCUGGAACCCUACCAGAUGAAGGACAUUGUGGUGAUGGCCAACGGAUCGCUUCUGUUUACCCGCGUGAACGAGGAGCACCAGGGCCAGUACUCCUGUACACCGUACAAUGCCCAGGGAACGGCCGGUGCUUCCGGCAUUAUGGAUGUGCUCGUUAGGAAGCCGCCCGUCUUCACGGCAGAGCCGGAGACGCUCUAUCAGCGCAAGGUGGGCGAUAGCGUUGAGAUGCACUGCGACGCCCUCGAGGCGGAGGGCACCGAGCGUCCCACGAUCAAGUGGCAGCGGCAGGAGGGCGAACAGCUGUCGGAGACGCAGCGCAACCGCAUCAAGAUCUCUGGCGGCAACAUUACGAUUGAGAACUUGCGCCGCGAGGACUUUGGCUACUACCAGUGUGUGGUCUCCAACGAAGUGGCCACUCUGAUGGCCGUCACCCAGCUAGUGAUCGAGGGCACGCAACCGCAUGCCCCGUACAACAUCACUGGCAAGGCCACCGAGUCCUCCAUAACGCUCCAGUGGCUGCCAGGCUACAGCGGUGGUUCGGAGUACAAGCAGGACUAUACGAUCUGGUUCAGGGAAGCCGGAGUCAACGACUGGCAAACGAUCUCGGUGACGCCCUCGGGCAGCACUCUGGUGACGAUCAACGGGCUGGCGUCGGGAACCACCUACGAGUUCCAGGUGGUGGGCAGGAAUGUCCUGGGCGAUGGAAUGAUGAGCAAAGUGAUGACCGUGCGCACUCUGGAAGACGCUCCGGCAGCGCCACGUAAUGUCAAGGCUGCAACACAACCGCCCGACUCAUUCUUUCAGCUAAUGCCAGACGAAGCUGGUCCCAAGCCCGGCCCGCCCAGAAAUGUGUCCGUGACCGAGGUGUCCAAUGGAUUCCUCAUCACGUGGCAAUCGCCAUUGGAGCGGGCGCACAUCGUCAAGUUCUAUACCAUCAAGUAUCGAACGGAUGCCCAGUGGAAGACUCUCAACCGGGGCCAGAUCCGGCCGGAGGAGACACAAUAUCUGGUGAAGAACCUUGUGGGCGGACGCACCUACUAUUUCCGGGUGCUGGCCAACUCGGAAAAGUCGUAUGAGUCCAGCGACGAGGUGAAGUUCCCGGUGCCGGCACGUGUCAAGCACAAGGCGAUUACCGCCGGCGUCGUUGGGGGCAUCCUGUUUUUUAUUGUUGCGAUCAUUUUAUCGGUUUGUGCCGUAAAAAUUUGCAAUAAACGUAAACGACGAAAACAGGAAAAAGAGUUCAACAUGGUAGCUUGCAGGAUAACGGACGCUCGUAACAUUGCCGCCAAUAAUCAUCAUUUGCACAAUCGCAGUACGGGCUCAAUUUCCUCUGGUCAAGUGCCUUUAAAAAAGUACAAACAAACCCGAAUAUCAAGUCUAACCGCCAUUCUCAUUGCCAUACUCCACUGGAUCUGGCCGCCGGAUCGCUGCACCAACUGCCAUUCCAUCUACAGCUCGCCGAACCUCGAGGACGGGGCUGAGGGCGGCCGGCGACGCUCUGUGAGUCGCAUUCAACGCAGCCUCGACGGACGCUUUGUGCUGGAUGUGGAGGGCUCUAAGCUGGGCUACUCCCAAACCACCCUGGAUGCUGCAGUGGACGUGGUGGAUGGUGGCCUCUUUGAGCGGCGAAACAGCAAUGUCUCUCAGAAAUCCUCCAGCGACGAUGGGGGUUUCCUUUCGCGUCGAAACUUCAUCACAGCGCGAGCCUCCUGGCGUCGUCCCUUGGUUGCCUCUUCCAGCCAGCUGAGUCUUCAGUCGGCGGCAGACUCGGCCCGGGGCUUCCUCCAGGGCCUGCUCAAGAUCGGGGGCGUGGCCAAGCCGCCCUACUUCGAUGAGGGUGCUGUAAGUGGAGCCCGAUACCAGAACGUCAUGCGUCCCUAUGCCAGCAGCAGCUCCCACAAUCUUUAUGGCAAUGCGGACCGGAGCAGGCCGCUGCACAUCAACACCAUUAGCGGGAGUCUCAGCCAGCAGCACCAGCAGCAGCAGUACACGCCCUCGAGGAUCUCGCGCAUCUUCUCCAGCUCUCCGCAGCAACAGCACCAGCUGAGUCACCUCCAGCACCAGCAGCAACAGCUUCUGCUGAGCAGCAGUGGCAGCGGCACCUACCCCACGCACUUUAGCGACCUGAGCACCGUCUAUCCCCCCAACUCCGCCGAACGCUCCUCGUCGACCCACAACUUGAGCAGUCGGUACCGCUACUAUUCCCAGGAGCUGCCUUCACUGAGAACCAUCCAGGAGGAGACUCGCCGUCAGCAGCAGCAGCAGCAGCAGCAACACCAUCCUCUUGAAGAGCCCUUCGUGCCGCUGCAGCUGCCCUCACCGCCUUCGUGGAGGAGCUACUACCAGGCGCAGGCUCAGCUGCCGUAUCACAGUUACCGGCCCCGCACACGCUGGUAUCCGCGACACCACUCGCGGCUCUUUGGGAGCCGCCAGCAGCAUCAGCACGAGCUGCUGUCCCCGCUGCCAGAUCUUAACCUACCGCUGCGCAGCGGCCUCUCCAUGAAUCCUGGCGGCCUGGAGGCCUCACCCGAAUCCCGAUCCAGCUCGAGUGGCUUUGGUUCGAAGAACACCUCCAAUCACCCGGGCAGUACCAGUGAAUGGAGACUGCUGCCGCCCUACAGAGCGCCUCCAUCGCCGCCCAAGCAUCUGGGUUACUUUGGGGCCUCGCAGCAGCAGCAGCAGCAGGGUGGCCAGCAGGCUCAGGGACAGACGCCCCAUGGCUACUCCUACCCGCGAGCCAAUACCCCGCCCUACACGAUGGCCCACUGGCUGGAGAUGAUCUCAAGACUGAACGCGGCCACCGAUAGCAACCUGCCCAAGGCCGGCGCUGUUUGUCCCGUGGACGUGGGCAGCGUGGACGGUCACUAUGAGUUCGACCCCGCCACGCCCACGCCCAGUGCCUCCAGUAUGCUGCGCGAAGAUCUCAACCUGCACAUAGAUACGCAGUUGCAUCCGUUCCAUCAUUAUCACCAUCACACCCUGGGUCCGCUGAGCGGGAGUCUGCUGCACAGCCACGCCCCCUACUCCAGCUCGGGGGGGAGGCAAGGAGGCAAGGCCAGGUCCCUGCCCCUCCACCUGCCGCCGCGCUACGACAAUGUGGAGGUGAGGCUGCAGGCCAUGCGGGAGGAGUUCUAUGCCUACCGCAAGCGCCAGGCCAUGCAGCAGAUGGAGAGCGUCUGCUGAGCCAGUGAAGCGGUUAAUUGGGAGACCCAGGAGCCACUCCCAGGUGCACAUCCGCAGGCCUUCUGUGCUUCAGUUGGCAGCCACAAAGAGCGCGUUAACUCACAGAUCAAGAGAGAGAGAGAUGGAGAGGGAGAGGCGACACAUGAUACUCGUAGACACUGGAUCAGGCCCCGCAUUCGGAGAGGAACUUAAAAAGUUUGGACCCUGCAAACCCCCCCAAGACCCAUUCCCCCACACACCCAGAAACAAUUAGUAGAUUUAGAAGGAGAACGAGGAGAGCUGUGUACAUAUAUUGCAAGGGGAUGCACCAUUCCCAGAAGUUUAAGCAUAAUAUUUAACAAAACUAUAGCAAUUAUAUAGCGACAUAUUAUUACAGAAAUCGAUAAAUGGAUAUUUAACGAAAGCAAAAGAACAAAUUACAAUUACAAUUAGCUAUUAUUUAACACUCGUGUUGAAAGCAUUAAACAUUAAUUAACGAAAUCCACAGUGCGUAAGCCUAAAUUAUGUUCAUUACGAAAAACUAAACUAAAACCUAAAGUUAAUAUGGAAUAUGCUAGCUGUUAAGCAUUUAGUUGUUAACAACUAAUAAAGCGCAGAAAACGUAAUUAAAGAAAGAAAACGAAAACGAAAAACAUAUAGAGAAAUUGUUUCAUAAUUAAAUUAUUUAACGACAGGAAAAACCUACAAAAGAAUAAAAACGAAAACCAGUUUAAUGAAAAAUUUAAAAGAAAUAUAACUGCUGCAUAUAUGUUUACUGUUGACCUACACACACACACACACACGCCACAUACAAACACACGAUAAUUAACUAAUUAAUAUUUAUUAACCCAAAAAGUAAAGGAAAACAAAACAAAUCAAAGCAAAAAUCGAAGGAAAACCAAAAAGCGAGGCGAUAAGAAAAGUAUUCUUUCCGACACAGCCCAAGACUACGUCAAUGAAUAAGCUAGGAAUAUUAGAGAGGAGACAGGAGCGAGGAGAGAAGGAGAGAGAGAAGAGGAGGAUCCCGGACACGAUCCCUUAUCGAUCCCCAUCCCGAACAGUUUCCUGGGUUCCCCCGACAUACAUAUGUAGAGAAUGGUAUGGAUUGGUCUAGGUUAUAUAUCGGUCAGUUGUGUGUAAGGAACAGCGCCGAAACGCAUUCGGUUUUUUAAGUACUUGUUAAACAAUUAAACGAUAAAGCGAUAAAUUGAUUAACGAUAAACGAUUAACGAUCAAAUUGUACGGAAUGAGAUGGUUUGACACAACUUGACGCCAAAACACUGCCAGAGCGAGAGAUGCGUAAAGACCGCGAGAGUGUGUAUAACGUAUGUGUAAAUUACAGAGCAUAUAUACAACUAUAAUACUAUAAAUAAUACUAUGCAUAAUACUAUAAAGGUAAAGGAUAAUAAUGAUAACGAUUAACACUAUUUCAGGGGAGGGUUUGAGCGCGAAACAAAUCAGAACAAGAAGAAAUCAACUACGAAUCCGACUUAAUGAUCUCAAGCAUUUCUCUUAGUCUUCGAAAGAUGCGAACUACUCUGAGUUCCCCCAAUUUUUCACUAUUCCGAUAAUUGAUUUCCCCAUUUCCGAUAAGUAACUUCCGAUUUCCGAUAACUGAGUAAAAUAAAUCGUAUUUAAAAUAGACGCUAGGAAAGACAAAAAUCGAGUUGUGUUGCAAUGCAUAUUUUGUAAAUGUUGAGAGGGUAUUCUGCAAGUGAAUAAGUUGACUUUUGUAUUGCUUAUAGGAACACCCACACACUCUGAUACACACACACACACACUUACACACAUUAAGCGUUUAACUAGAACGAAAUAAAUUAAUUAAUUAACAGAAGCAUUAAUGGAAAGCAAGAAAGAGCAAGAAAAGCGCUAGAAAUGACAGCAUAAAUUGAAUUUUAAUUGACGAUGCAAGAGCGCAGGACUUUACGGCAAAUAGAUACUAUAUAUAUAUAUAUAUAUAUAGAGAUAUAUAUAUAUAUAUCG